CAACGCCCAACGACACCACACGGACUUGGGGGCGUGCACACCGCUGCGUCUCGCAGCUCAGACGGCACUUGGAGACGGGAGAGCCAGAGCUGGACGGUGACCGCCUUGCUCCACGUCCCCGAUUCCAGCGCCGCGCGGGCCCGGGCAAGUGGCUGCCUCUUGCUAGGUCUGCUCUUGGUAGCACAGUUAGACUUAGAGACCCGGCCAAGGCAGACAGACAGGGCUCAGAAGCUCAGUCCUGCCAUGGAGGAAGGGCAGCGGAGAGAGAAGGUGAAGCCCCUGGGCUUCCUCAAGCCAUCCUCCUUGACGAAGGUUUCCGGCCGCUUCAAGGCACACCAAGAUGCACUGCCUCGGCUGCCCGUGCCCCCACUCCGGCAGUCCCUGGACCACUACCUCAGGGCACUGCGGCCCAUAGUGAGCGAGGAGGAGUGGGCCCACACCAAGCAGCUGGUGGACGAGUUUCGGACUGCGGGGGGCGUAGGGGACCGCCUGCAGAAGGGGCUGGAGCGCAGGGCCAGGAAGUCGGAGAACUGGCUGUCCGACUGGUGGCUCAAGACAGCCUACCUCCAGUACCGCCAGCCCGUGGUCAUCUACUCCAGCCCGGGCCUGAUGCUGCCCAAGCAGGACUUCGUGGAUCUGCAGGGUCAGCUCCGAUUCGCUGCCAAACUCAUCGAGGGCGUGCUGGACUUCAAGGCCAUGAUUGACAACGAGACCCUGCCCGUGGAGUACCUGGGGGGGAAGCCGCUGUGCAUGAACCAGUACUACCAGAUCCUGUCCUCCUGCCGCGUGCCAGGCCCGAAGCAGGACUCAGUCAUCAGCGCCAGCAAGGCCAAGAAGCCGCCCAUGCACAUCACCGUGGUGCACAACUACCAGUUUUUCGAGUUGGACGUGUACCACAGCGAUGGGACCCCCCUGACAUCUGACCAGAUCUUCGUGCAGCUGGAGAAGAUCUGGAACUCCUCCCUGCAAGCCAACAAAGAGCCCGUGGGCAUCCUCACCUCCAACCACCGCAACUCCUGGGCCAAGGCCUACAACACCCUCAUCAAAGACAAGGUGAACCGGGAGUCUGUGCGCUCCAUCCAGAACAGCAUCUUCACCGUGUGCCUGGACGCGCCGGUGCCUCGGGUCUCUGAAGACGUGUACCGCAACCACGUGGCCGGCCAGAUCCUACAUGGAGGUGGCAGCAAGAUCAACAGUGGCAACCGCUGGUUUGACAAGACACUUCAGUUCAUCGUGGCAGAGGACGGCUCCUGUGGGCUUGUUUACGAGCACGCGGCUGCGGAGGGGCCCCCUAUCAUCACCCUCGUGGACCACGUCAUCGAGUUCACGAAGAAGCCCGAGCUCGUGCGGUCUCCCAUGGUACCCCUGCCCAUGCCCAAGAAGCUGCGCUUCAACAUCACCCCCGAGAUCAAGAGUGACAUCGAGAAGGCCAAGCAGAACCUCAGCAUCAUGAUCCAGGACUUGGACAUCACCGUGAUGGUAUUCCACCACUUUGGAAAGGACUUCCCGAAGUCAGAGAAGCUGAGCCCGGACGCCUUCAUCCAGAUGGCCCUGCAGCUGGCCUAUUACAGGAUCUACGGGCAGGCGUGUGCCACCUACGAGAGUGCCUCGCUGCGCAUGUUCCACCUGGGCCGCACUGACACCAUCCGCUCGGCCUCCGUGGACUCACUCGCCUUCGUCAAGGCCAUGGAUGACUCCAAUGCGACGGAACACCAGAAGGUGGAGCUGCUGCGGAAGGCUGUGCAGGCCCACCGAGCCUAUGCGGACCGGGCCAUCCAUGGGGAAGCCUUCGACCGGCACCUGCUGGGCCUGAAGCUGCAGGCCAUUGAGGACCUGGUGAGCAUGCCCGACAUCUUCAUGGACACCUCCUACGCCAUCGCCAUGCACUUCAACCUCUCCACCAGCCAGGUCCCCGCCAAGACAGACUGCGUCAUGUUCUUCGGGCCCGUGGUCCCCGACGGCUACGGCGUCUGCUACAACCCCAUGGAGACCCACAUCAACUUCUCGGUGUCGGCCUACAACAGCUGCGCUGAGACCAACGCUGCCCGCCUGGCACACUACCUGGAGCGGGCACUCCUGGACAUGCGUGCCCUGCUGCAGAGCCACCCCCGGGCCAAGCUCUGAGCCCGGCCGGCUGCCAGUGCCACAGCCAAGCCCGCAUGGGGGCAGGCCACCAUCAGGGUUCACCUCUUCUGCUCCCUGUUCCCUGGGGCCCCCAGCUCUGGCCACGCCAGGGCAGCACCCUCCAAGGGGCCUGUGGGCUCAAGCCAAGUGCCUUCCCUGGGUCCCCCACAGCUGCCUGCCCAGGCUCGGGGCUGAGAGGACAGACGCGCAGGCCUCAGCAUCCCAUCCCCCGAGGCCGCCUCUGGGAGGAGCCACCUGCCCAGAGCACCAGAUCAGCUCUGGCCAACCUCCCAAUGUCCACGGCCAGGCCGGAGCUAGGCUCUGACCCCCAGGACCUGAGAGACGGUGGACUAUCUGGAGCCAGCAGACCCUGAGCCUGCCAGGGCGAGGGCUGGCUGCAAGUUCUGGUGCAGGAGUAGCCAGGUGCUGAAGCACGUGGCAGGGACAGCAGCCAUCCAGUGGUGCUGCCAGCUCUUGUGGGUAACGUGGCUCAGAAGCCCCAGCCUUCUUGCUUCCACUCAGCUCGACUCCCGCCCCGUGUUCCUGGCUGUAAGAUAUUAGCGUGCAAGGUGAUUAAUAAAGCGGAGCUGUGUGGACAAA